UUUCGAGCAGCUGCUCAAAGCGGGUGUGGAAAAAUGUGAGAUAUUAAUAGUUUCUAGAGGAUUUUGGAUGAGAAGUGUCGGUUAAGGGCACAAUAAGCCAGCCAGCAGAAUUUCUAGAAAGUCCUAAAGAUCUUGAGUCUGCAGCAGCUGCUCAAGGUUGUCUUUGAGCUAGUCAAGGCUGGUUCUGUGGUUUCCAGCAGUUACAGGCAUCUUCAAAAUCAGCUGGAGUUCACUCACAAAGGAUCUAUGUCAAGCAGCCCUGGGCUUCAGAAAUCCAAAGUUCUUUUUCAGCUCUAAAUUUGUGCUUCUAUGAGCUCCUAUGGAGAAUCUAUGGAAUAAUGUGUAAAAAUAUGCUUGCUCUAUUUCCCAACUAAAAUCCCAUCUUCCACAGGAAGCUUUCCAAACCUUCGGAACACCUUCUUUUAAUUAUUUCCCAUUUAUCUUGUAUAUAGCUCGAUUUGAAUGUACUGCUUUGCAGGUUGCCUCCCCCGUGAGAUUGUGAGCUCCUUGAGAAGAGGGAUGGACUUUCGCCCUUAGCCGGGUGCCGAUUUAUUGUAUUGCAUUGCACUGCAUUAUAAUAAAGGGUGGAAUGGACGUGGACAAUAAAUCACAGAAAAUCAAAGCAGGAGGAGACCUUAAAGUCAGGUCAACAAGCAUUUAAAAACCAUCUGCUUCAACAGUUUUAUUGCAUCACAGGAAAGCGCGGCGCAAAGUGGCAAGCGGCUGGUGCAGGGCUGCUGGUGCAGGGCUGCUGGUGCAGGGCUGCUGGUGCAGGGCUGCUGGUGCAGGGCUGCUGGUGCAGGGCUGCUGGUGCAGGGCUGCUGGUGCAAGGCUGCUGCAAGGCACACCAGCACGAUUUUGUAGCGAUCAGAGCGGCGUUAACGUCCACAGUCCCGUGACCUUUCUUGCUACUCGGGAUGCUGCAGCGGGAGGUCAGAGAACCCUUCCGCAAAGCGAAGAGGUGUGCAAGUGGAUGCACUGUACAGAAUGAGACCCAGGGGCCCAGAGGGGUGAGCCUCUCUCUGGCCGGGUCUCCAGUGCAGGAACAUCGGCAGGGGGCGGGGUCACGGAGAGGCAGUAGAGUCAGGCGGAACCUUAUUCCCCAAUUUGGCGUUUUCCCCGGCGCCACUGAGGCCGCUGCACCGCUACUUAGUCAGCCUCAUUCCCAGCCACCCAAGGAGAGGGGAGGGGGCGGGGGCGCUCCCAAUCAUUAGGUUUUAACCAGGCCCAUUAUCUCUUCCCCCCCCCCCCCCCCCCCAACCCUUUGCCUCUGAGGAGGAAGGGCUACAUCUCGGUACCGCAGGUGGAAGGGCUCGGAGCCGAAGCUACCCGGGAGCCACUACAGGCGCCGAGCAGGUCCAACCACAGCUUGCGCGCGCCUCCUCGCGCUCUCUCCUUUCGCGUCGCUCUCACCCCUCCCCCUGCCCCAGCCUUUACGCUCCCUCCCUCCGAGCGCGCCCCGCUCUUCCUCCGCGCCCCUCGCCCUCGCUCCCGCCCCUUCCUCCCGCCGUUGGAGAGAUCGGACCCCGAGGAUUUGAGAACUUCCUUCUGGCCGGAGUGGGAAAGACCGGGCCCGCGGGGGAGUGAGCGAGGGUGGACACCAACCUCCCCCGGUCCCCGCUUCACCUCAGGCGCCCCCGAGGACAGUUACUGAAGGGACCUGACGAAGGGGAGCGAGCGCGGGAGCAGCGCCGGGAGCCCGAGCGGACUCCGACCCCGCUGCUGGCCGACCUCGGCGCACGCCCCGAGCGGGCCCGGGGGCUAUGGCUUCCCCCUACCCCGCCCCAGGGACCACGACUGGUGACAGCGGCGGAGAGCUGAGCUCGGGGGACGAGUCUGGGGACGUGGGGGAUUCCCCGCCCGGCCUCGAGGGUGAGGCCCCCAGGAACCUGGUGGAGCUCUUUGAGAAGGCGGCGGCUCACCUGCAAGGCCUGGUCCAGGUGGCCAGCAGGGAGCAGCUUCUCUACCUGUACGCGAGGUACAAGCAGGUCAAAGUUGGAAAUUGUAAUACACCUAAACCAAGCUUCUUUGAUUUUGAGGGGAAACAAAAAUGGGAGGCAUGGAAGGCACUUGGAGAUUCAAGUCCUAGCCAAGCAAUGCAGGAAUAUAUUGCGAUGGUUAAAAAAUUGGAUCCAAAUUGGAAUCCUCAGAUACCAGAGAAAAAAGGGAAAGAAGUAAAUACUGGAUUUGGUGGACCAGUUGUUAGUUCUUUGUAUCAAGAAGAAACUAUCAGAGAAGAAGACAAAAACAUAUUUGAUUACUGCAGGGAAAACAACAUUGACCACAUAACCAAAGCCAUCAGAUCAAAAAAAGUGGAUGUGAACAUGAAAGAUGAAGAGGAUAAUGAAGGCCAGACAGCCCUGCAUUACGCCUCUGCCUGUGAGUUCUUAGACAUUGUGGAACUGCUGCUGAAAUGUGGAGCUGACCCCACCCUACGAGACCAAGAAGGCUGUCUGCCCGAGGAGGUGACGGGCUGUAAAGCUGUCUCUUUAGUACUGCAGCAACACACAGCUGGCAAAGCUUAACUCCAUAGCUGGGAAGCUGCAGCCUUUACUAGCCCAGGGCUUCAAUAAUGAAAGAAAACUGCAAUAAUAACCCUUCUCUGCCACUCUUCUUUGGUAUGCAUUGGCUAAUGAGGAAUAGGACACUUAAAGUUGUUGACUGGUGGUUCAGAUCCUCACCAAUCCAUUCUAUCUGCAUACAUUUGGGAGAAUAGAUGAACUUAUGUGCAGUGCAUAAUGUGAUCUGCUCCUUUUGAGCAUGCUCUGAUAGUUAUCAGUGCUCAAAAGGGCGGGAAAAAAAGCAGAUCAUCUUUCACAACAUCCAACGUGGCUGUUCUUUAAAAUAUAGAUAUAUAAGCAAAAGGUGACCAUUUUACACAGAAAAUGAGGGUAUUCGUGAAAUACCUUAUUUUGUGGUAACCAAAUGACCAGUGGCACUAACACAACUGGACUUAGACAUUCCAAGUGAACUCCUCAUUUGACAUACACAUUUGAUAAGUGAAGAGGAGGUAGUAGUCAAAACCAGUAAGAAAAAAGGUUGCAUUCCCUGAGGGAGGUGGAAGGCAUAAGGAGAAUCAGCUAUUUUAUGAACUCCUCCAGAUCUUGUGUACUUCAGAAUAGGAUCCAGUAAACACUCUCAGAGGAAGAGAUGUUGAUAAUGGACAAAGCACUGGUUAAGCCAGUAUUCUCCUAACCAACUCGAGAGGAGAAGAGAGUGAGGUUUUCUUAAUAUCCAACUCUCUCUCUCCAGAUAUAAUGCUUGUAUCAGAAGAAUUUCAGCAUUUUGUUAGGUAAGAGGCUUUUAAGGUCGAGGGUGAAAUGAUGCCCAAUUACCCAGGGCUUUUGAGAGUGGAGUGGACAUGAAGGUAACUUCUGUUGUUAUAAAAGUGUGCAGAUGCUUUUUAAGCAUAUGCCAGUGUCCAUCCUGGGCUCUGUUUGCUUUUUGAUCCGGGCUCAACCUAAUCCAGGAAACUCUUUUGAAAGCUGUUACUGCAUUUGAAGGGUAUAGUCAAUAUCAACAAAAUAGGAGCAGGCCAGUGUCUUAGAACUUUGGUUGGUGGCUAAGCUUUCCAUCAGCUUAUUACCUUCCCACAGGGAGUACUUUUGUGACAGAAGUCAGGCAUGUUGCUCGUGCCUCUCCUAUUGAAUUGCUCUUAUGCUUACUUGAAGACUUAACUCUUCUAAGAUAUUGACCAGCAUCUUUCACUAGUAUUCUGUUUUUUAAUUGUUUAAAAAUCUGGCAUGCAUGUUAGAGCCUCCUGAAAUUUCACUGCAUUCUUUGGUAUUUGUCAUUAUCUUGGAGCUCUUUUCUGAGCAUUCAAGAUACAUUGCAGUUCACUUGUGUGUGUAAGAAUCUUCAUACCCUUGUGUGUGUAAGAAUCUUCAUUUCCUAAUUGCAGCCAAAAUGCAAAAAUUGUUGCAUGCCCUUUUAAAAUUACUGUUUUUUGUGCAUAUUAGAAACAAAGCACAUUUAGUGACAUUUUUGUUCUAUAUAGGCUUAAAGGGCAGCUGUUUGGAUCCAUUGACUGUUCACUUGAUUCUGCAAACAUUUAUUAAGCAUCUAUGCUGUGCAAAACACUGUUGUCUUUAGCCAAUAUUUGGUAAAUUUAUCUUGAUAUACAUUAGUCAAGCUUUCAGUUUCCUGUUCUCUCACAUCAAAACAAAAUCAAUGGGACUUAAGUGUGAGAUACCAUUUAUUUUUUAUUUAUUUCACUUUAAGAUUUUUUGAGUUCACUUUUAUAACUUUAGAUUUUUAAUUGAAUAUAACUAACCAUCAGCUUAGAAAUAUCAAAUGUAUUCCAAAACCAGUUUCAAAUAUUUAAUUCUUCUUUCAUUAAGUUGCCAUGAUUUGAAUUCAGGAAAAUAUUUUCUAGAAGAAGUUAAUAUUACUAUCAUAGACAGUAGCCUGUGAAUUAUCUCUUUGUAUCAUAAGAAUUGUGUUGGCAUUAUCCAUUACAAUGGUGGAAACCUGAUUUUUGUUUCCCCUUAACUCUUCUUGAGUUAUCAUAGAAACAGUUAUGCUCCCAUCUUGAACAUUUUAAAUUAGGAUUCCUUGAGUUUUCUUGCCAAAAGUGGAAGAGCUGUUCCCAAGCAGAUAACAUAUUUUGAGGCAAAAACUCACCUAAUCAUCCUAGAAUCUUCUCGUGAUGAUUACGGGCUGAGUUAAUGUUUCCAUAUUCCUCUAUUGGAUUUCUCAGAUCUAGAGAGCACCAUCUCUGAAAUCAGAAAAUAGAGGUUCCAAUUCUGGCCCCAAUAAUCUUUGUGAUUUGGAACAAGUUUCUUUAUUUCUCUAGGCCUCAGUUCUUUAUACAAUUAUAUAAAAUGAGGAGAUUAGAUUAGAGGAUUUAGUUCUAAAUACUAUGAACAAACUGAUUUGAAAGAGGAAAUCUUUUAGUGGGCUUAAGCUGUGAAUAUUGAAUGUGCUAAUAACAAUUCAAGUGAAUCAUAUUCAAAAAUAUAAUGGGAAGUAUUUUGAAGAAAUUGUUUCUGGUUCUAUUAUAAAGAACCAACAAAAUGUUAAAAAUCACUUUUCAGAUAUCACUGUUACUUGGGGGAAGGAAGAAAUAAUUUAAGUUUUUAUUGGCUCGGAUAUCAGAUCUUUUUUGUUUGAUAUUUCUAAUGCAAAAGAGCAUUGUAAAAUUUGUACUGCAAUCAAUUUCUGUGGGUUUAGAGCAAUCUUUGGUUUAGAAGAAUAAAUCAUCUGUGAGUGAUGUAACUGAAAA